UUUGACUGGGGGGCGCAGACAGCGCCGCUGCGAGUGGUGAACACGCUCAGGCACGAGCGCAACCUCGACUCCAUCCGCCUGCUGCACCAGGUACCCAUGCCGCGUGCUGCUGCUGCUUCUGCUGCUGCUUCUGCUGCUGCUGCUGCUGCUGCUGCUGCUGCUGCUGCUGCUGCUGCUGCUGCCCCUUUGCACGCGCCCAUGGUUCCUUUCCUCAAACGCCCCGCUCAUCCCCCGUUCUCCCCCAACCUCCGCCUCUUUUCUCUUCCACUUCAUCUCUCCUACCCACCCGCCAUUUUCUCUUCCCUCCCCUUCCCACACCCCCUCCCGGCAGCACACGUCCGACGCUCUCCGUCCGUGCCUCCGUCGCAGCACCCCUGGUUCGCCGCUGUCUCUCUGGGCGCCUGCCAGUGGAUGCACGGUCACCCCUCGCUCACCCUCCUGGAUGUCAUCCUCUCCAACCUCCUCGAUCUCUCCCGCGUGCCGUUGGCAAGGGGUCGUGGGGGUGAGGUAGAGGAGGAGGAUGAGGAGGAGGAGGAUGAGAUGUUCUUUGAUGCUUGUGAGGAAGGGGAUGGGGUUUCGUCGCCGAGAUCCUGUGACCGGAGUGUGAGGAGUGAGUGGAGCAGGAGGGUGCAUCAUUCCAAGCGUGCGGCGUGGCUGGGCGCGAUGGGGGUAAUGCUGCUGGAGCCAUGGCAGGAGGUGCUGUUGGGCGAGCAGGAGAAGGAGCAGCAGGAGCGCGAGCAGCAGCAAGUGCUGCGACUGCUGCACGCAGAGCGAGACGAGAGGAGAGAGAAGCACGAGACUGAGCAUGGCAACGGCAACGGGGUGGAGGAGAGCAAGCAGGGGAAGAAGAAGAAGUCAGCCAAGGAAAAGCGAGCAGCAGAGGCAGCGGGAGGAGGAACCGCAGGAGCAGGAGGAGCUGCAGCAGGAGCGGCAGAGGCACGGUGUCAGGAGCUGCGCAUGAGAGGGCUGAAGGUGCUGGAGGCGUUUCUGCUGUUCAACCCGCCGCUGGCAGGCCACGGGCCGAGCGUGCACCAGGUGCCGGUGGUGCGAGCAGCAGCGGGCAAUGACGGCAUGGUGGUGGGGCUGCUGCUGGACGCCGGUGCUUCUGUCAAUGACAGCGACGGCGAUGGCAACACCGCACUGCACUGGGUGCUCCGACAGGCGACCCCAUGGAACGGGCAGCCAGUGGACACGACCAUUCUCUCACAGCUCAUAUCAGCGGGCGCGAGUGUGCUGGCAGGGAACCACGUGGGGGCGACAGCGGUGCAUACAGCAGCAGGCCACGGACACAGUGAGGCGCUUGAUGUGCUGCUGGGGCGAGAGGCCGCUGCUGCCAACGCCGUCACUGCUGCCCGCGAGACUCCCCUGCACUACGCCGCUCAGCACGACCACGUGGCAUGUGCGGCGGUGCUGCUGGCGUUUGGUGCAUCCAACAGCGUGGAAAACGCAGGAGGGUGGAGGCCCGGCCAGCUCGCCACAUCCGCAGAGCUCCGCCAGAUGCUGGGUGAGACUGGGCCCCCUAUGCCCCGGGGCGAGGCCGCGUGGGCCGCAUGGGGUGCUGCUGGGGACCCUGCUGCUUCUGAUGGGGAUGGGGAUCAGCCUUGGGAUGCCUCUGUUUCUGCUGCUGGUGGUGGGGCUGGUGCUCCUCCGUGGGCUGACUCGUUGCAUCAGCUGCGGCUGGGGUGGAAGGAGACGCAGCAGCAGCAGCAGAAACAGAGGCAGAAGGAGCAGAAGAAGCAGCAGAAGGAGCAGCAGCAGCAACAGCAGGAGCAGCAGCAGCAGCAGCAGAAGGAGCAGAAGCCGGGGUACAAUCCAAACUACAAGUAUAAGACGAUGCUGUGUCGGCGCUGGUCCAGCACAGGCUCUUGCAGCCUGGGCUCGCAGUGCACGUUUGCACACGGGCAGAAGGAGCUGCAACAGGUGCCCAAGCCAUCCCCCCGCGGCCCAUCAGCCUGGAAGAAUGCCACCAGUGCUGCUCCUGCUGCAGGUGGCGCUGGCGCUGGUGGUGCUGGCUGGGAAAAUGCUGCUGCUCCUGGUGCUGCUGGUUGGGAUGCUGCUGCUACUCCUAGCGGUGCCGGUGGCAGUGGCGGCGGUGGUGAGAGCAAGGGCGGCGGCAAUCUCGUGCCAUGGGAGAGCAGCUCGGGCCCCUUGGGCAGCUCAAGCGGAGGAGCAGGGUCAUGGGAGUGGGGCGACCAAUCAGAGGAUUCCAGGAGCACGAGCGCUGGCAGCUGGGGGGGUGGCAGCACCAGCAGUGGCAGUGGCAGCGCCAGCGCCGGUGCUUCAUCUGCUAGUGGUGGUGGUGGUGGUGGUGGUGGUUCCAUUGGUGCCGUUCUAGCAGGGCGAGGCAGCAAGUCUAUUGCUCUCUCAGGGGACCUUGCCCUGCAGCCCUACAAGAUAUUCGUGGGGGGAUUGCCGUACGACGUGACAUCGGAUGAUCUAGCAGCACACUUCGAGGAGCACUACGGGGGAGUGGUGGACGCGGUAGUGCUGUAUGAGCCCGACCGCGCAGCCAGCGAGCCGGGAGCCAUGCGCUCGCGCGGCUUUGGCUUCGUGGUGCUGGAUUCAAGAGAGACAGUGGCACGCCUACUGGAGAAACACUUUGUGCCGCUGGGGGGCCGCAUGGUGGAGAUCCGAAAUGCUUCCAGGCGAGGAGGGUUCUCCCCUGCUACUGCUGUUGCUGUCGCCACCACUGCUCCCACCGCUCCCACCACUGCUCGCCCCUCUGCUAAAUCUUCAGCUAAACGCCCACCAGCACAGCCGUCCCAUGACGUGCCUCCCAAUCCCCCAGACACCACCAACCCAUCUGCACCGCUCUAUCCUGACCAGCCGCACCACCUGGAUCAUCCAAACCAGCAUCACCAGCAGCAGCACCAGGACCCACAUCAACCCUCCAUAAGACCUCAGCCAGACUCUUGGAGCGGCACUCCUGCUGCUCCUGCUGCUGCUGCUGCUGCUGCUGCUGCUGCUGCUGCUGCUGCUGCUGCUGCUGCUGCUGCUGCUGCUGCUGCUGCUGCUCCUAGUGCUGCUGCUCUUAGUGCUGCUGCUGUUGCGCCUGUUCCUGCACCACAUGGAAGCGCAGCGAGUGCAAGGAAGGUGCUGUCGGUGGGUGAGGUUGAGGCAGAGCUGCAUCAGCCGCCAGUGGAGCAGCCAGUGCAGCAGCCAGUGCAGCAGGAGCAGGCGAGGGGUGGUGUGGAUGCGUGGGGAGGGCAGCAGCCAGCAGCAGUGGGUACGGGAAGGGCAGAAACAGCAGGAGAGGGGGGUGUGGCAGAGGCGGGGGAGGAGGAUGAGCUGGCGAGCCUCCUGUCCAUGCUGAAUGCAACUGGGGACCGCGGAGUCCUACCCGUGGCGCGUGCGACGCCGCAAGUCCCGUGGGAUAACUUCACCUCGCCGUGCACGCCGCUCCCGGACCCUCCCCCCGCCGGUGCGUCACAGCCCGCCGUGACGGUCGUCGCAAAUCCCGCAGCACACGCUGUCCAACGCAGUGAUUAUAAGAGGGGGAUGGUCGCCGCUCACCUCGUGUUGCGCUCGUUUAUUAUCCGUUCUUCUCUGCUCCUCUCUUCCUUUCUCCGCCCUCUCCCUCCUCCCUUUUUCCCCACGCCCCGCUUCAAUCUGUGGAGCGACGCGGCAACGUGGCCGGGGGGAGUGGUGCCGGGCGUGGGGGCGGGCAAGGGCGCCAUCGCCACCAUCCCGUGCGGCGUGGCCGUGCUUCUCGACAUGCCCUCUGUCGUCCUCUCCACUCUCACCAUCCGGGGCAUGCUUAAGAUCGAGGACACGCCGUCACGGCCGCUGGUGCAGGUGAACGCGUCGUUUGUGAUCGUGGAGGGGCAGCUGAUCGCAGGCAGCAGCGCAAAGCACUUCUCUCAGAAGGUCGUCUUCACGCUCACGCCCAACCCCAACGGCCGCGCGCCCUACCUGUACACCGCCAACGCACCCGCUGACCCCGCCAACCCCCGCAACUUCGGCCACAAGGCCUUCGUCGUGGUGGGAGGGCAGGUGCGCAUGCACGGCAUGCCGGGGGGCUCCUCCACGCCCUCGUGGUGCCGCCUGGCAGCGACAGCACAGGCGGGCGAUACAGCCAUCCUGGUGGACCGGGACGUCUCCGCAUGGCCCGUGGGCUUCCAUGUCGGCCUCGCCUCCACCGACUUCUAUCCCGACCAGAUCGACGUCGCCAAAAUCGUUGCUGUGACGGCGGUGGGCGGCAGCAAGUGGAAAGUGGCGCUGAGCGCGCCGCUCUCCUACAGCCACUUCGGAGAGGUGGUGCCCGACGGGUUCGGCGGCACGAUAGACGAGCGCGGGGAGGUGGUGCUGCUCAACCGCACAGUGACCAUUCGAGGGGAGGACGAGGCGGCACCUUACAACUGGGAGGGCGGGCACUUCAUGGUGUUCUUCACUCAGACCGCGCAGAUGAUAGAGGGCGUGGAGUUUGCCCAGAUGGGGCAGCAGGGGCAGCUGGGGCGCUAUAACAUCCACUUCCACCUCUGUGGGAAUCAGGCGGGGAGGAGCGUGGUGCGCAAGAACGUCAUGCAUGACAGCAAGCAGCGCUGUGUGGUGGUGCACGCCACCUUCAAUCUGACGGUGGAGGAGAACGUGGCGUUCAACACGAGAGGGCAUUGCUUCAUGGUGGAGGAGGGCGGCGAGCAAGGCAACUCCUUCAUCCGCAACGUCGGCAUCUGGACGCGCGCAGUGGAGGUGAAGAUAUCGGAUGAGGAGACGGACAACGAGCCAUCCACGUUUUGGAUCACCAAUGCCAACAACAACUACGUCGACAAUGUCGCUGCCGGCUCAGAAGACACCGGCUUCUGGCUGGAGCUGAGGGACCAAGUAAGGGGGCUGUCUUCUCAAUGGCCGCAGAUCAACACGCUGAUUCCCUUCAACUACCACCGCGUGGGCACGUUCGCAGGCAACGUGGCGCACUCGUGUGAGAUUGGCUUCCGUGACUACCCCGGGGGGUUCAACCCCCGCUUCAACGCCUCCACUCUCGACCAGGACGAGACCUACUGGGACCAUCCAGUGUGGGUGACUAUCUCGGGCUUCACUCUCUACAAGAACACCUACGCGGGCGCGUUCAUCCACAACACGGACUACGUGGUAUUCGAUAAGUUCACAGCAGCGGACAACGUGUGGGGGGUGGAGAUGCAUCAGGUGGAGGGCAUUGUGAUGCGCGACCUCACAGUGGUGGGGCACACCGCCAACUACGGCAACCCCUUUGACUGCACCGACCCGGACUCCAACGGCUGCGCUCCGGUCUCCGGCUGCAAGUUCCCAUUGGCGAAGGGCCAGCAGGGGCGCAGUGUGGGAGAAGGGGGGUGGGAGGAGCCGGUGUACGGGCUGGUGUUCACGCAGAGCCCAUGGUUCACCGACGGGCUCUUCAACAACGCUGUUGACGGCGCUAAGUUCGCCGGGUUUGACAGCACAUGCAAGCCGUCUGCAGCGGUGGCGGUGGAGGGGGACAUGGGGACCUACUGGAACGCCGGCAACAACUUCAAGAACCUCAAGUUCAGCACUGCAACGCGGACCAACCCAGUGUUGGUCGUGCCUCAGAAAUACCCAUCCAGAUACGACCAGGCAGAGGUGGAGGACCAUGGGGAGGCAGCGGCACAGGUGGCGUUGAGGGACAUGGACGGCAGCAUAGUGGGGUCGGUGCUAGGCAAGACCUCCGUUGGCGAGAACACACUCCCUUCUGCUGCCGCUGCUGCUGGCGCUGGCGAAUUUGCUGCUGCUGCUGCUGCUGAUUCUGCUGCUGCUGCUGUUGCUGCUGUUUCUGGUUCCGCAAGGCCCAGUGCUGCAAUCCCUGCGUCCCUUGGCAAGCUUGUCCCGGCACAGAAAGCUUACCCUCAGCACCACCGUCGCCUGCUAGUCACGGCGUCUACUGCUCCUUCUGCUGAUGCUGCUCCUGCGGCUGCUGCGGCGGCUGCUGCUGCUGCUGCAAGCUCCCAUCGUCGCAUGCAUGGCACUGCAGCUUCUGCUGCGGCUACUAUUUCUGCUCUCAAGAAAACUGUCGGCCGACCUAGCAACUACUACCCCAGGCCCCGCUCGCACAAACGCUCACGCGCUUCCCGUAGGAAGUCUGCUUCUUCUGCCCGCUUGCCUGCCCGCUCCUCCUCCUCCUCCUCCUCCUCCUCCUCCUCCUCCUCCUCCUCCUCCUCCUCCUCCUCCUCCCCUCUCACCACCCCAAUGCCGUCCGGCUUCCUAGUGGCCAACAACACAGCGGUGCUCCCCCCGCUGACCUCCUCAGGCACGUACGGCUCCUGCAAGCCCAUGCCAGGAGCCAAUGCGUACGCGUGCCCCUCGCCCACACACUGCUUCCGCACCGUCAACGUCCGCUACCUCGAGCCCGCCACUGCAGGCAACACCAACCGCACACAGGCCCACGGCGUGAUGAGCUUCAUCAAGGUGGUUCGCAUGAGUGACGGUGCAGAGCAGACGUUCGACGGGAACUCGAAUCACAUCGAGCUGGAGGAGGGUGGGGGGGAGGCGAUGCGGGUGUUUGGGAUCACAGCGCUGGUGGGAGAGGUGUAUGUGGUGGAGGUGGUGGGGCCGGAUGGGGAGGAGGAGUGGCAGCCGGAGGAGGUUAAUGUGUACUUUGGGGAUGGCGUGAACAAAGAUUUUGCGGGGGACUGUGGAGGGGCUGUGACGGUGAGGCUCAAGGCUCCUGCUGGAGGGGACACACAGUGGGCCGCCAGGAUGGCUGAUAACGCCGCAUGGCGGCCCUGUACCGGCACCACUCAGCGUGCACCCGCCCUGUUCUCAUACGAGUGUGAAGCGGUGUCAGAGCAGCAGCAGGUGCAGGUGGUGCUGUCAGGCGAUGUGAACUACUACCUCCCUGCUACCGUCUAUAUCUCCCAGGACCCCCCUGCACCCUGCUCCACCCCUUCGCACUGUGGCCUGCUGGCACCGCGAGCAGUGUGGCGCUACAAUCAGGAGGGGGGGGAGCUGCAUCCGCUCUCCCCCGGCGGUCCAGCCUUCUACAACCCGAAUUUCUCGGACUCCUCCUGGCCCUCAGGCCCUGCCCCGCUCGCCUACGUGGGAUUUGACUGGGACAAGGUGGGCACGUUCCUGGCGGAGCCAUCGUGGGACGCGCGCACGACAUACUACUUCCGCACGACCUUCUCUCUCACCAACUCCGCGUGCUUCUCGAGCUUGCUGCUGCAAAUGCCGGUGAACGAUGGUGUGAUUGUCUACAUCAACAACCGUGAGGUGCUGCGCCUCAACAUGCCCCAGGGGGAUGUCACCAAUGCCACCUCCGCGCUGGCGGAUAAAGAGGCGAUCAAUGACAACGAUGAUGGGUUCAUCUACACGGACAAGACAGUGGCUCUGCCAGGGGCGGCAGCAGCGCCGGUGCUGACAGACGGGGUGAACGUGGUGGCAGCAGAGGUGCACCUCAAUCACGACAACGGCUGGGACAUCGCCUGGGCUAUGCGCCUCUCCGCUCUCCCCUCCUCAGCUUGCUCCAAUCGCUGA